AUGGCGGGGUUGGUGGGAUCUGGUAGUAUAAAGAAGCUAGAGGAUAAGGUAAAAAGACAAGUGACCUUCGCGAAGAGAAAGAAGUUAAGUCUGAUGAAGAAGGCACGUGAACUCUCUGUUCUCUGUGAUGUUCCUAUUGGUCUCAUCAUCUUUUCCCAAUCAGACAAGCUCUACUUUUUCUCCUCCCAGUCCACCAGCAUGGAGAAGCUCAUCAUGAGAUAUCAAAUGCAAAAAGAAGGUCAUGCCACUUCAGUCGACAGUUUCCACCCUGACCACGGAUCAUAUUGUGAGGAGACGAAGGAAUCAAUGAUGAGAGAGAUAGAGAAUCUUAAAAUGAAUCUUCAAUUCUACGGAGGAGGACAUAACUUGAACCUCUUAACCUACGACGAUCUCCUUCGUUUUCAGCUCCAACUCGAAUGUUCUCUCCAAAAUGCUCGAGCUCGUAAGUUUGAGCUCAUGCAUCAGCUGCACCAAACACUACAAGAAAACAGGUGAAUUCAAACGGCUAUAUUCGUUGGUAUUUCGUCGGUAUUGCCCAAUUUCGACGAAAUUCCGACGAAAAAGGUCGUCGGAAUGCUUUCAUCGGAAAAAAAGUUCGUCGGAAAUUCGUGACAAGUUCCGACGAAAAUCCUAGAGAAACCGACGGCUACAUUUCCAAUGGACGACUGACAAUACCUUUCGUUGUGAUAUACUUCAUCGGAAAUUUGUCACACAUUUCCGAUCGGAGUGAUUAUCGGAAAAACAAUUCCGACGAAAUAUAUCUGUUGGACAUUUCCGACGAAACACGUUCGUCGCGAACCACAAUUUGGUCUGAAUUGUAUGACAAAUUUUCGACAAAAUAUGUGGUCGAAUUAUUCUGACGCACAUGUUUCCGUCGGUUCUUUUUAUUUAUUAUUAUUUUUUUAUAAAUUGUAUUUUAUAAAAUAUUUAUUUUGUAAAAUAAAAAUCUAAAGAACUGAAUUUAUAAUAAAUAUUAUAGAAAAAAAGUUUUAAA